CAAGCUUGUUUCCACAAGGUGUUGCUGUUGUUGUGGAAUAAGGACAACCUUUUUUUCUGUUUAUUUAUAGUAACAUUGUAAUUCCUCUACUUUAUAGAUGGCAUCAGAUAUCUUAUCUGUGAGAAAAUAAAGGACUCCUAUUUAACCUGAAUGAGCUGGAGGGCAGACUGCCAAAUAUGGUGAGGGCGUGUAACAGGAAAUGUUGCUCGAAUAUAUGUUCAGCCACAUGGUUUCACUUCUCUCAUUUCUUCAUCAUGAGUGUGAGAGAAAAACCUCGUAAGGCAAGGAGUCCUGAAUCGAGACCUAAAGAAAUGAAAUGUGCACCUCCGGUGCAACGAAGAGGGUUUAAUGAAGAGAAGCAGAAAACAGUAAAGGCACAGGAUGAACAGAAAUCAAACCAUGCUGAGAAGAAGCCGUCUGUGGAGAAAGCUACUAAAGAAAAGGUAACCAGACAAUCAACAAGGGAGAGUAUUAAGGAACAGCGGAUCCCGCCAGAAAGCAGUAAGACCAAAACCUGUUCCAGCAGGUCUGGGUCGGUGAAAAAACCUCCAGAGGAUCAUCUGAAAUCCCAGCUGGAGAUCAAAGCUGCUACAAAGCUGACGAAGGAGUUCAAAGCGCCUUCUAUAGAUGCCACUAAACCAAAAGCGCGCGCUAAUGCAGAAUUUCAGACAUGCUCAAAGAUCUCAGCAAAGAAGGAGGGCGAAGAGCCGGAGAAGGCAAAGAUUAAGAGAGAACCGGAAAAGAAAAACAAAAAGGCUGCUGAAGAGUCAAACAAUAAGGCAUGUGCUGUGAAACCCGGGCAGAGGAUGAAGGGAAAAGCAGAUCUGUCAGGAGACGCUCUCCUACGGUCGAUUCUUAGCAACCUGAAGAUUAAGACAAAGAACAAAUCAGAAGCUGCUAAAGUUGUAAAUGAAUUCAUAGAAAAUCUAAUCAAGUAUUUAAAAAAGGAUACCCUACAUUUCAGAGAAGUGGAUGAGUCACUGCGCACAGGGAGUUAUUAUGAAAACCUUAAGAUUUCAGAUCCAGAUGAGUUUGAUGUCAUGCUUCCAAUGCCAGUUGAAAGAGUAAAGAUUGAGCCUUUUGGGCCAGAUGGAGCCUUCUACAGCGUGGGAUUAAAACGUGGAAAUAAUCCUUUAAAACAAUUUCAGCAGGAUGAUAUUUUAAGUGCAAGCGAAAUGUUAAACGACUUUAGAAAAGAAAUAAAGACAUUUGUAAAAGGAUUUCCAGCAUGGACGAUGACGCCGAAGAAACAAGGCUGCCCUGCAGUGACCCUGACCGCAGAGUCUGGCCCAGUCACCAUCUCUCUCGACGUGGUUCUCUGUCUCAAAGUGAAAUCCAGUUGGCCAGAUUUUACCCGUGACGGUUUUAAAAUUGACCAGUGGCUCGGAACUAAAGUGAAACAGGAGUACAAACGAGAGCCUUACUACCUGGUACCAAAGUACGAAGGCAGAGGAAAUGUGGAAAACAAUGGGGUUCAAGCCAAAGAUGCUUGGCGAGUGUCGUUCUCUCACAUCGAGAAGGAUAUUAUGAGGAAACAUGGAUCAGAGAAGACGUGCUGUGAAAGAGAGGGAGAAAGCUGCUGCAGGAAAGACUGUGUAAAGCUCUUCAAGCAUCUUCUACAUCUGCUGAAGGAAAGCAACCCUUCUUUUGAGAAGUUCUGCUCCUACCAUGCCAAGACUGUGUUUCUACAUGCCUGCUGCUCCAGAGCUAAAGACAGCGAAUGGAGGGCAUCAGAUCUCAGCCGCUGCUUUGAGCAGCUCCUUCAGGACUUUGAAGGCCACCUGAGAGGAGGUAUACUCGCCAACUUCUUCAUCCCCAGUCAGAACCUGCUCUCUGGAAUAGGGAAAAAUGUGUGCAAAAAUCUGUCUGACUCCAUCAAGGAGCAACGGGAAAAUGGUUUUCCCAUCUUUGUGAAGGAUCUUGCUAAUUAAGAGUUAGACCUGAGGAUUGUUGGAAUUUUGCUUUUUGUUUUAUUUUUUCACAUUAUUGUACUUGAAUAAUAAUUUUUAAAAAAACUAAGAGGAUGACCUGUGGUUUGAAGUUUUCAAAACUUGAAGUUUUUAAUAAACAAACACUUUAACUAUUUAAAAUAAUUGUAAAUGUUUGAAGAUUUGCAGUUUUUUUCUUAUGUUACCUAAAUUCUGUCAUCUUUUACAAGAAAGAACUUGUCGUUUUUUGGGGGGGUUUUUUUCUAACUUUCUGGGAGGUCUUUUUGUUUUAGACGUGUAACUGAGCCUGAAUGUUCUUCGGACAUGCAGCUUACCCAGUAAUGGGCUAGUCAGCAUCAGUACGAUCGUGGUACCCAGACCAGCAACAGUAGGGUUCUGCAACCUGCAGCUCUGGAGCUGCAGGUGGCUCUUUAGCUCUACAACGGUUCUCAGCAGUGGCUAUACAAGCCAAUGCGUUAGAUUAUAGUAUAUUGAAAAAUACCAUACUUAGACACUUUAGACAAAGGAGAUGCAACCACAUCUUUUGAGUUAGAGGUUUUUAAAUAAAUUUAAUCUGUCUCACCAUCUUGUCUUAAGGAUUUUAGAUUUUUUUUGUCUAUAAGAGAGCAGAGAGGCGUUGUCAGAUUGUGUCUCUGUAUCAACAGGUUCACCUAGGGUUGUGGUUGAUCUCCUUUUCUUUAUAUUUUGUACAGAAAUGAAUGUAAAAGCACACAGGUAUCUUGUUAAACUUUAAGAUGACACUGAAUAGUUAUUUCUUCUUAACAGUUCAGAAUCAGAACACAGGACAGCACUCUGAUUUUAUUUCUUAGUGUGACAGAAAUUUCUUUAAGUCAAAAGUUAAAAAACAAAGGACUCCUUUUUGAUUUUAGACGUAAAAAAGGAUUUGGUCACAGAGAGCAUUAUGCAUACUGAAGCCAUCAAGUAGGUCUCCUCUUAUUAGUAUCUUGAAAUAAUUUUCAACAACCAGCUGUUGCGAAAAAAGCUCAAGAAAAGGAUGAACCUUUUGAGAACACUAAAGUCUCUUUCAGUCAGUCCAGUUAUCAUUGGUAGGUUUUAAUGAACAAAUAAAAAAAAAGCUAAAGAUGUUCUCAAAAAAAGAAUUCUCUUUGUUGCUUCAGGCAACGUUUUGUAAUGCCUCACUAUGCAAAUUCUUUUAUACCAACAGCCAUUCGACUAAUAAAUUCUAUGUAGGGUGGCUGAUGAAGAAAACUGUGUUAUCUUCUAUAUUUUUGUGUUUUUAUUAUUACUUUUCAUCCUCAACCUCCCCAUCACAUUUUUCUCUUUAAUAAUCUUAUUUUUUUGUGUUUCUACAUGUUUAUUUUGUUUGUUUUUUUGUCUCCUGUACUGCUAAACAUAAUUGCCCCUGGUGGGAGUAAUAAAUUGGUCUAAGAAAGACUUUAAAGUUCCAUAAAUAUGUUUUCAGAUCUAUAUGUCUUAUCAUUAGUUUGGAAACAGUUUAUUUUUAAACUAUGGAAUGAACUUUUGUUUCGAUAUUAAUGUCAUUAAAUGUUCUGACAAAUAAUAAAAAAUAAAUCUGAGUCAUUUCAA